AUGCGUGGCGUGAUACCAGUGCAGACAUUGAGGGCUUUGUCCCGACCUAGCGCCAGCGGCAGGCAAUCAUUGAGCCGUGUUGGUCGGGCUGUGACCACCCGCAAUAUUAGCCAGGCUGCGAGGAUACCCGCCAUCACAGCAUCGCACGCUCGCCACAGACCUCACUUGCGGCCUGGUCAUCAAAGCUCGGCUCUGCCGAAGACGUCAAGUCGGACGAUCUAUAUUCAGACGCAGUCGACUCCGAAUCCCGAUGCGCUGAAAUUCAUUCCAAACCAUCCUGUCCUGCCUGAGAACUUUCCCUCGACCUUCCUCGAAUAUUCCUCCCCACGAUCCACGAUAGGCGGGCCGCAUCCGUCUCCGCUGGCGGCGAAGUUGCUGGGCGUGGACGGUGUCAAGUCCGUCUUUUAUGGACCAGACUUCAUCACCGUCACCAAAGCAGAAGACGUGAACUGGGCACACGUUAAGCCGGAAGUGUUUAGCCUCAUUACCGAGGCAAUCACUUCUGGCGAGCCAAUUGUUAACACCGUCGACAAGGCUACAGCAAGCGAGGGCCAGGAAGGUGGAGGCCCGGACAGUCUAGCGGCCAACGAUGACGACGACGAGGUCGUAGCAAUGAUCAAAGAGCUGUUGGAAACACGAAUCCGCCCAGCUAUACAAGAGGACGGAGGUGACAUUGAGUUUCGGGGAUUUCAUGACGGGCAGGUGUUGCUCAAACUACGCGGUGCUUGCCGGACGUGUGACUCCAGCACGGUGACGCUGAAAAACGGCAUCGAAUCGAUGUUGAUGCAUUACAUUGAAGAGGUCAAGGGCGUCACUCAAGUCAUGGACGAAGAGGAAGAAAUUGCACUGAAAGAGUUUGCCAAGUUCGAAGAGAAACUUCGACAACAGAAAGGACCCGAUGCGGUGGCGAGUACCGUGGGCAAGGGAAGUCUAGAUUAUGUUGAGUAA